ACGGGCCCCCCUGGAAAGCUUAUCAGGUGGCUGGGGCUGCGCCGUGGGUGGUCGGGGCGCAGCAGAAGAGGAAAACAAGGCGCGUGGGUGUUGCGGUUAGGGAAGAAAGGAGCUUGAGAAAUCCGAGUUGAAACUCCACCGGGUCUUACGCAGCCGGGACAUCAAGAAUGGCUUCUUUUGGGUGGAAGAGAAAGAUUGGUGAAAAGGUCUCAAAGGUCACUUCCCAGCAGUUUGAAGCUGAAGCUGCUGAUGAGAAAGAUGUGGUUGAGAAAGACGAAGGGAACUGGCUUCAUGCCAUUAAACGUAGGAGAGAGAUUCUCCUUGAAGGCUCUGCUGAGAAAAGUAAACAGCUGAAGGAUGAAGGAGCCAAUUUGGCUGAAAAUAAAAGAUACCGGGAGGCAAUUCAGAAGUGGGAUGAAGCCCUACAGUUGACCCCAAAUGAUGCUACCUUGUAUGAGAUGAAAUCCCAGGUUCUAAUGUCUCUUCAUGAAAUGUUCCCAGCAGUACAUGCAGCCGAAAUGGCUGUUCAGCGAAAUCCACAUUCCUGGGAGUCUUGGCAAACUUUGGGACGGGCUCAACUUGGAUUAGGAGAGAUAAUCCUGGCUAUUCGAAGUUUCCAGGUAGCUCUUCACAUCUAUCCAAUGAACCCUGAAAUAUGGAAAGAAGACCUGUCUUGGGCAAGAACACUCCAGGAACAGCAGAAAGUAGCGCAGAAGAUUAAAAAAAGUGAAGCACCACCUGAAGAAGCACCAAAGUCGAUUCCAGACUAUGACUUUGAAAGUGAUGAGAUUGUCGCUGUUUGUGCUGCUAUUGCUGAAAAACAGAAGGUGGUUUCAGCAAAUAAAACAAUGGUGAUUGUGUCGGCUUCUGGGACUGUGGAGACUGUAACUGAGAAGGAAGAUGGCGCCACACCACCAGAUGGCUCUGUUUUUAUCAAAGCCCGAUGAAGCAAUUUGCAUAAUGGAAGAAUUAUUUGAAUCUUUUUGAUUGCCACUUAAAGUUUAGAUGUAGGGGUAUUUACUCGGAGAUACAUGUAGAAGGCAGUUGAGGCAUACAGAAACUAAAUGGCAGAGUUGUUAUGUAGUGUUCGGACUAUGCCUUGAUAAGUUACGAUUGAUACUCCCUAAGGUUAGAGUUCUGAGUUAAAUCGCUUUUGAUUAAUGAACUUAAUGUAAUCUGAAUACAUAAAUGAAUACAUUUUAAAGACAACUUGAAAAGUAUAUUCUUAAAUAGUGAACAACUUGAUGGCCAAUGUUAUUAAAAUGGUGACUCAAAUUUUGUUUUAUAAUAAAGGAAGUAUGUGAUUUCUUUCCCUCCUAGAAAUAAUACUGUUACUAUUCAUUCUUUCAUUUUUCUUGCUUCAUUAGAGUAGGCCUGUCACAAAGCUUGAAUAUUUUUGACACUGAUUAUUUGAUUCAAAGUUGUCAUUUGGUUACAUGUGGAAUUUUUGAAAGUUUGGCUGGAAAUGCAUGCAAAUGUGUACAUUCUGAACAUUUAAUUCUGAUUUGCAUUUCUAUUUUGAACUUAAAGUUAUAACAAUAGUAGUUUUCUCCCUCAAUAUUUUUAGAUGUGUGAAAUAUAUCAGAAUGGUGUUUUUGUUUUUUUUAAAUUGGUAUAGUGGGUAGAGUAGUCCUUAUCAAAAGUGAGUCAUUUUUAAAAUGUGCAUUUUUAAAAUGAAUGGCUUUUACAGAGAUUGUGACAGAUUUUACUGCUGUGUCAUCCCAGUCUCAAAACAGUAUUUUCCUUCAUUUUUAAGAACUUAAAUAAUCCUGAAGACAAAUUCUUGCUUGUAACUCUAAUAAUUUGAAUUACUUUUCUAGAUAACAUUUUUGGAAAUACUUAGUAAAAUGAAAAAUAAUUACAAAUUGGAAUAGCUAAAUCAUACCUUUCUAAAAAUAAAAAAUAAGGAUGUUAUUACAGUGUCAAUGAGUGAAUAACUUAAGCACAAAGUACAUAGAAACUGGAUUGUGAUUUAUAGUGCUAUCUCAUGUUUAUGAGAAGGCUAUGUUAAAGAUUGAAAAGCCACAAUCACAUUCAUAAAUCAAUACUGUGGUUGCAUGUGAAUUAUUAUUUUUAUAACUAUAUUAUAGUGCAGUUAUAAAGAACUAUUGAGUACUGUAAUUUCUGACACUCAGGAAGAUACUAUUGGUGGAAAAUUAAUUUUACCUUUGUUAGGGAUGCAAGUAGGCUACUUUAUGUUAAGGAGCUGUUGGAGCAUGUAAGUAAUGAGGAUGAUUUUUCAAAAUUUUGUUUUACUGGAAUGCAGAUAUAUCUUUCUUUUCAGAGUUGGAGAAAUCAGCACUUGCCUUGAAAAGUAUUAUAUUUUUACCCUAAGUUAUAUUGUUUAGAAAGCUCUGGUUAAAGAGGUCAGUUUCAGAGUGAUCUAAAAAAACAUUAUUUUAAUAAGGAGAAUUCUUAAAAGGUAGAUAGGUAUCUAGAGAAUAAAUAAUCAACAUUUAAUACGUUGUCUUGAGCAAUGGAUGGUUGUUUAUUGUAUAAUUUGUGAAUAAAUAGUUUUUUCCUGUGUUUUGAAGACUUAUUUUGUGUUGUUAACUUUUGAAAAAUUAGAUUGAUCUACUUAAUUUUUCUUUUCUUUUUUUUGAGAAAGAAAAAUGUUUACUGAACAAGAGCAAGAUACAGUUUUACAGAGUAAGAUAUAUUCACCAUAGACAACAGGCCCCCUUUGUUGUGACAAAAAGGCCUAUCUACUUAAUUUCUUAUGUGAACAUAAAGUAUGUGAAGUGCCCUGCCUGGUGCCUUGCACACAAAGUGCUCAGGAAGUGCUAGCAAUUUUUGUGAAGAACUUCAAUUAAUUUGGUGAUAUUUAACCUCAGUUUCUUCUGCUUUAAGAAAGGAGAACUUGUUUUACAAUUCUUUCCUUAUUUGAAAGUGAGAAGUCACUACUUUUGAUAUUGUAGGACACAUGGUUAUCACUUGGGGGUUAUUGUUAUGUGAGGUCUAUGCCGCAACCCCCAAAGAGGCAAGACCUCGGGUACAGUGCAUAUGGCCACUCGACCCUCUUAACCUUGUGUUUCCUGUGUAUUGGCAUUGGUGGGCCAAGUUAGUCUCUUCCUUACCCAGAUGUAAGUCAUAAAUGGACAUAAGGUUGAAGAGAAAAGGGAGUUAUGAGGAGGAAGGCAGCUCACUUCUCUAGCUCCCCAAAAGAUGCUUAUUUUAGCCAAUAUGCUCUUCUGUGCAUGAAGAAAAAUGCCUCUGUUAUUUUGCAAGGAUGUAAAUACUCAUAUGCAAACAUUUACUAAGCUUGUUCUAAUAAAUCUUUGUGAAUCUGAAGACAAAUAAUUGAUAUUCAUGAUAUAUAGUUAGAGAUGUUUAAUAUAUUUCCUGAAGUAACAGUGUUCCGUGUUCAAGUUAUAUUGAAUAUAAUAUUGAAUAUAAUUUAUAUUAUCAUUUGAAAAUUAUAUGGCAUACAUAUCCAUUAGUGAGAACACUAUACAUUCAGACCAUGCCUGAUAACCCAAAAGUCAUAUAUUAUUCUCUAGGAAAUAAGCUCUUUGAUUAUAGAGUAUUUACCUUAAACAUGUUAACAAAUACUAAAUAAACAGAGAACAGCAUGCAAUUGAUAGCUUGGAGAACCGAGAUCAACUGCAACUGGGGCCUACAUACAAAAUUUUGUGAGAUUGGUUUAAGUAUGAAACUGUUGUAAAUUGAUGCUAUAUGAUAAAACUAAUGAAGACUUUAAAAAGCUUUGUCUCAGAAAACUAGGGCUUCUGUGAUUAUAACUUCAGUUUAAACAUCAUGCUUUACAAAACAAUUUAAAAGCUUGUUUCACUGCGUUUCCCAGCAGUAAGAAAAUUAUCAAUCAUUUCUUAUAACUUCCUGAGUCAGAUGUCCUUCUAAAUUGACUCUGGAUCAGCAAUUCUGAGCUGUGAUUUCAUAGCAUGUGUAUCUCUAAGUGAGUUGUAAGUUGCACAAGGACCAUAGUUCCAUCAUAAUUAUCUUAGAGUAUUUUAGAUGAGUUUUCUUUUGUUCCUGAGGGGUUAUUAUUAAACUGAUAGUGUAUCUUGUAUUUGGUGGCAUUUUGAGAUUGAGAAAAUAAAGAGUUUUAAACCAACCAUAAAAUGUGGAAAUUUGUAAAUUACCUCCUUACCAAAGUAAAUUAAAAUGAAAUAAAGGAGGUAUCCCUAAUGUCACUUGCAAUUUAAUAUAGCCACUUUAGAAGAGAAAGUGUGGCCCUAUAGCUAGCAUACCAUGAAUUGUGCCUUAAUAUGUGAUAUAUGUGAACUUCACCUGUUGUAUAUGUCAAGGUAGAAGAAAGAUUGAGAAAUGCUGAUCUAUACUUUGGUGAAAAAGCAGAGGAUGGGGAUGGAUUCUUUUCAUAGAGCUUAGGACAUACAUAAACCAGAGUCCUGAUCUCUCCCACCUCUGCAGGAAAGAAGAAAGUUUAAGACACACAACUGGGCAUCCAGGCCCUUUUCCCCUCUUUGGGUUUGUCAGACCUGCAGAGAAGCUAUGUUGUGGUCUCUUGACAACACAAUGUUGUGAGCCUUGUGGUGACUGUUCUCUGCCUCCGUGUGGGGAGCCCUGUGCGUGUGCAAAACUGCCCAUGCCUUGGUGAACAAGUUUUUUGAAUUAUGCAUUUGUUAUUAGCUGGCCAUUGUGGGCACAAAGCUAAAUUCCAUUCUCUAACCUAGCCUUUUCCAGCAAUUAAUCUGAUGUAGAAGCUGCAUCUAUCUGUCUCUCAAAUGGUUCAGAGGUCAGGAGGGAAUGGAGGGUCUUAUUUUAUGACUUCCUCAAACUGCAACUGAGAUUAGUACAGAUUGUAUUUCAAAGUAAGCAUGAAAUAUAUUAAAAACCAAAGGUAGGGAUUCUUUUCUAAUUUUAGAAUUUGUUAUCAUGGAAAUUUGAUUGCAAAUGAGUAUUAUUAACUAUAAGGCAACAUGUAAAAAUGUGUUCAGGAUAUUAAAAGGUCUACUUAGAAUUGUGAUAGACCAUAUUGUUGACUCUAGAUUUAAUUGGAAGGGAAGAAUAUGAGACAACUGAUGAUACUCUCUGCCCACCUUUAUUAAUUUUCUGAAAUGAGAAUUAUUUAGAUAUAAUAAAAUCCAAGUAUUUUAAGUUUAUAAUUUGGAGAGUUUGACAAUGUGGGCACCUACUUCACCACCACUACCAAGAUGUAGUAUGUAUCUAUCGUACAAAAGUUCUCGAUAGCCCUUCUGCGGCCAGUUCCCCUUCACCCUGACAGCCACCCUUACUUGUCUACUUAUGUGCUUUCCGUGGUUAUAAAUUAGACUUGACUUUUCUAGAAUUUCAAAUAAGUAGGCCAUACAAUGUGUACUCUUUAUGUCUGACAUUUUUUGUUCAGUAUAAUGCUUUUGAAAUCUAUUCAUGUUGAUAUUCACCCAUGUUACUGUGUAUAUUAGUAAUAUGUUCCUUUUCAUCAUAAAAUUGUAAUCUAGCAUAUGAACAUACCACAAUUGGUUUAGCUGUUCAUCUAUUUAUGAACGUUUAGGCUGUUUCAGGUUUUGACCCAUUAUGAAUAAAGCUGCUAUGUAUGUAAA